AUGUCUUCAACAUGGAUCAGACUUCUUUUUAUCAUAGUCGUGGUACUUCUUCCUUACACUGUGUUUUCAAUGAAUAUCUUUGCAGGCCCAGAGAAUGUUGUAAAAGAGCCAAAUUGCACCACAUAUAAGAGUAAAUCUGACUGCUCUGAUAUCGCGGACCCAGUUUGUGCUGAUGAUAGAAAUACAUAUUACAAUGAGUGUUACUUCUGCCUAGAAAAAGUAAUAGAAAAACUUAGAUAUAGAUAUCAUGGUAUUUGCAUUUAUAAAUAA